UAUAUAAACCUCCAAUCAAAUGCCACUCUAAUAUCACAUGCACCCAACCAGACAGACGCGCAAUCGAAACACAAGCUAGCUCUUCCCAUUUUCUUUCUCAUUUUCCCUCUCUCCAAACACUAGCUGACAGAUCAUGAAUCCUACUGCCGCCACAAAAUUUUCUGGGCUGCUUCUACGGCAGCUGGGUACGCUUGGGUCCGAGAUUUCGAGGCCACUGGGAAUGCAGUGGGUGAGGAUCUCCAUGGUGGAAGGAAGGAACCUCAGCACCCUGGCUCCCGGUGCAGCUAAGGAGGCCGCGGGCGAUAAGAAGCCUAUCGUGAGCUACUGGGUUACCAACGAGGAUGGGUCCCCGUGGAAGUGGAAUUGUUUCAGGCCAUGGGAAGCAUACAAAGCAGACCUGAGCAUUGACGUGAAUAAGCACCACCAGCCAUCCAAUCUGAGGGACAAAUUUGCCUACUGGACUGUCCAAGCUCUCAAAUACCCUACUCACCUCUUCUUUCAGAGGAGGCACAUGUGCCACGCGAUGCUGCUGGAGACGGUGGCGGCCGUGCCGGGGAUGGUGGGCGGGAUGCUGCUGCACUGCAGAUCCCUCCGGCGGUUCGAGCACAGCGGCGGCUGGAUCAAAGCCCUGCUCGACGAAGCCGAGAACGAGAGAAUGCAUCUCAUGACCUUCAUCGACUUAGCCAAGCCCAAAUGGUACGAGCGAGCCCUAGUCUUCGCCGUCCAGGGCGUCUUCUUCAACGCUUACUUCCUCGCCUACGUGGCCUCCCCCAAGCUCGCUCACCGCAUCGUGGGUUACCUGGAGGAGGAGGCCGUCAAAUCCUACUCCGAGUUCCUCCUCGACCUGGAAAGCGGCGCUUUUGAGAACGUGCCGGCGCCGGCGAUCGCCAUCGACUACUGGCGGAUGCCGCCGGACUCCACGCUCCGGGACGUCGUCACCGUCAUUCGGGCCGACGAGGCGCACCACCGUGACGUCAACCACUUCGCAUCUGACAUUCAUUGCCAAGGAAUGGAGCUGAAGGACUACCCGGCGCCGAUUGGCUAUCACUAGCAAUGAAAUGAAAUGAAUCUCCAAAAUCUCGUGUCAUUUGUCACCUAAUUAUUCAAUUCAUUUAAAUAUUGCUUCUUGCUGCUCUGCGGCUUGCAUCCUCCCGUGCCGUACAGCCUACUUGCUUGCUACAAUGUAAUGUUAAAAAGCCAUGUAAAAAAAUUAUGUCGUUUCUGUCUAUGUGAAUGAGUUAAAUUA